UAUAGUAGAUUUUCAAACGAGUGUUCUUAUCAAUCCUUAUUUUCUAUCAUUUUCUUCAGACGGUAGUCAUAUAUUCUACAGUUGUAUUUUAUUUAAAAAACGAUAAUAAUUUUCUAAUAAUCAUUUCUGUGUUAAAAAUUGUCUUUAAUAAUCAGUGUAACUGAAAUAAAAAUAUAUGCAAUUUAACAUAUUUGUUUUACCCGUGAAAACAGUUUAUUCCAGUGCAAAACUUGGAAAAUCUGUGUUGAAAUCUAUUAUUGGAGAUAUCGUAUAGCUACUAUGGGUUUGUUAUCAGAGGGUAGUCCGUUGUCGUGGGAAGAAACGAAGGCUUUGGCGGAGCAUGUACGACAGCACGGAAUCGAGCAAUUCAUAAAUUUAUAUAGCAAGUUGAGAGAACGUACCGGUGAUGUACUGAAAUGGGGUGAUGAGGUGGAAUAUAUAAUUGUUAAAUUUGAUGAUGAAAAUAAACGAGCUACUGUUAGCCUUCGAGCUGAUGAACUUCUCCCCAAGUUGCAGGAAAAGGAACUUGCUGAUCCACAAAAUGUAAAAUCCUUGUGGCGGCCUGAGUAUGGUGCUUAUAUGGUUGAAGGAACGCCAGGAAAACCAUACGGAGGACUCCUAGCCCACUUUAACAUCGUGGAAGCUAAUAUGCAAUACCGUCGAGCCGAGGCUAGCACUUUAUUGAAAGAUGGUGAAGUAAUCAUGAGCAUAACUAACUUUCCGAGACUCGGAUGCCCAAAUUUUACCAGCCCGCCAUAUCCAUCAACACCUAACGAUGGUGUUACAAAGUCUCUGUACUUUCCUGACGAAGGCAUAUUUCCUGGACACCCACGUUUCAAGACAUUAUCAGCAAAUAUACGAAACAGAAGAGGAGAAAAGGUUGCUAUUAAUUUGCCAAUAUACCGCGAUGUGAAUACAAAGAUCCCAGUGGACGACUCACAUAAGUUGGAACCAAAUGCAGCGAAACCGGACUGCGUUUAUAUGGAUGCUAUGGGUUUCGGUAUGGGCUGCUGUUGUCUCCAACUCACGUUCCAGGCUUGCUGUAUUGAUGAGGCACGAACACUGUACGAUCAACUGGCGACGUUAUGUCCUAUAAUGCUGGCGCUCUCCGCAGCGUCGCCCGUCUACCGCGGUUUCUUGACCGAUGUGGACUGCCGCUGGAACGUAAUAUCGGCGUCGGUGGACUGCCGCACGCCAGAGGAGCGGGGCCUUGAACCGCUACAGAACAAUAAGUUCCGCAUACACAAAUCUCGUUACGACUCCAUUGAUUCAUACCUCUCGCCAGAGCAUGAAAAAUACAACGACAUUCAAAUUGUACACGACCCGGAGAUCUAUCGGCGGCUGCGCGAGGGGGGCAUCGACCACCCGCUUGCAAUGCAUGUGGCACAUCUCUUCAUUCGCGACACAGUCUCAUUGUUCUCGGAAAAAGUACACCAAGACGAUAAGAACGACACUGAUCACUUUGAGAACAUACAAUCAACCAACUGGCAAACAAUGCGUUUCAAGCCCCCGCCGCCUAACUCCCCGAUCGGGUGGCGUGUGGAGUUCCGUCCGUGCGAAGCGCAACUCACCGACUUUGAGAAUGCCGCUUACGUGUGUUUCGUCGUAUUGCUGACCAGAGUUAUAUUGUCUUAUCACCUCAACUUUGUCAUGCCCAUCAGUAAGGUGGAUGAGAACAUGCAGCGUGCGCAGCGUCGAGACGCGUGCUUGACGCAGAAGUUCUGGUGGCGGCGUGACGUGCGCGCGGCCAACCUCGCCGCGCACGCAGACCAGUACGCAGAGAUGACCAUACACGAAAUUGUCAACGGGAAAGACGGCAUAUUCCCUGGCCUGGUGCCCCUGAUUGAGUCCUAUCUUUCGGGCAUGGACGUAGACGCGGAUACGCACUGUUCGAUUCAGCAGUACCUCAAACUCAUACAGCGCCGCGCAUCGGGCGAGAUUUCCACUAUGGCCACCUGGAUGCGCCAGUUUAUUACUUCGCAUCCAGAGUACAACAAAGACUCAGUAGUUACUGAAAAGAUAAACUACGAUUUACUGAAGACCGCUUAUGGUAUACAAACGGGCACGAUCCCAGCACCGACGUUACUCGGCUCUAGCAAUAUAUCCAAAACAAAUGAAGACAUUCCCAAAGCAUUCAGCAAGAUGAUGAGCAAGGAUUGCCCAUAGCCGAAGUGCCCACU